AUGCCGAGUUCAAAAACGAUUGAUUUAUCUAUAAAAACAAACAACAAUAUUAACGAGAAUAAAAAAAAUCUUAUUACACCAUUAUCACCAAUUAAUAAACGAAAAAUAUCAUCAACUACACCAGUAAAAAAUAUUGAUAAUAAUAAAACAUUGACACCUGAAAAAUUGUCGCCAAGUGUAAUUGUACAAACGACGAACGAAAGGCGAAUGUCAGCUGCUACGACAACUUCGUCACGAACAACAAUUACUCCUACGCCAUCAUCUAGUCGGCAAACUCCUUCACCAAAAUCAUCACACGAUGAAGGAGAUAGCGAUGAAGUCAAAGUAUUUGAUUGUGAAAAACAUGAAGAAGAUAUUGAUGUAGAUGGAGAUGGUGGAAGUGAUCGAUUGUCACCGGUUAUCAAAGAAGAAGAAACAUCACCAUCUCAACAAUUUAAUCAAACAAAUUUAGCCGAUCGUUUGAACAGUGAUCAUCAAUUUCAUUUAUUUCCAUAUUUAAUGUCUCCAUAUUAUAAUGGGAGUCUCUAUAAUGGAACACCACCAUUUGACAAAAUUCCGACACUACCAGCUGGACUUGGUAAUCCAUUAUCUAAAUUUAUGUCACCACCACCCGCUCAUAUGGGAAUGGGAUUACAUGUUGAUCCAUCUACAGGUGUUCCAAAUCCAAUGUAUCCAAUUCCAUCUCCGUCUCCAUUCCAAUCACUCUACUCGUCUGGAUUAGCACAACAAUGGCGUCAAACAAUGUUUCCCUUUGGUUUUCCACCCGGAUAUCCUUUAGCACAAUUUAGUCCAACAAUUCUUUCACAAUCAUCUCUCGGCUCAUUAUCGCCAUUGUCUCUGUCUCCUUCAUCAUCAGCAGCUGGAACACAUCAUCGAAUGGACAGUUCGGGAAGAUUCUCUAGUAUGUUAGAACAGAAACUACUUGAUGAAAAACCCAAGAAACCUCAUAUUAAAAAACCGUUGAACGCUUUUAUGUUAUUUAUGAAAGAACAGCGAGCCAAAGUAGUAUCGGAAUGUACGUUAAGAGAAAGUGCAGCGAUUAAUCAAAUAUUAGGAAGAAAGUGGCAUGAAUUAGAUCGAGCUGUUCAACAAAAGUAUUAUGAUAUGGCACGAGAUGAACGUUUGAGACAUAUGCAAUUGUAUCCAGGAUGGAGUGCAAGAGACAACUAUGGUGUCAGAAAAAAACGUGGUGGAAAAGGAAAAAAACGAGAGAAAGUGCAUGGAGAAAAUGGUGAAUGUGUUAAUCAGAAAAAAUGUCGAGCCCGUUUUGGUUUGGAUCAACAAGGACAAUGGUGUAAACAUUGCAAACGAAAAAAGAAGUGUAUUCGUUUUACUGAAGAAGGCGGUGAUGCGCCGAGUUCAGUGAAUGGUGGCAACGAUACAACAUCAAACGA